GCGGUACCAAGCAGCAGCAAAAGUUUUCAUCCAGCCCGAUGGCUAGCUGCGUUUACUCGUGGAAGUAACGACAUCGAAAAGGAUAAGAAAUUAUAUUUAUACGAUGUCUCGCUAAGUUCGAUACACCUUUCCAAACUGAUCAAAUACGCCUUUCAUCGCGAUAUCUCAUGACAGCGAUGACUUGCAAAUUAAGUGGCCUGUUCAGCAUUGGCGAGGACUUCGAUGAUGAGGACCUGCUCGGGACAGACUGGGCUGUGGGCUCAGCGUCUGGACCAGCCGAUGUGGCAGCUGCUGUGUCAUCCUGUGCGCUGCGUGCCUCCUCUGUUACUCGCAGAGAGCCGGAGAAAAAUUGCCUGCAGCAAACUGGAGAGAGAUCAGCUGCCCCGUGUAAUGGCACAGCAUCAAGGAGCAGCACGCACACUGCUGCUGGACAAACUGUUGCUCCUGGUUUGAGACAGCUCUCCUUCUCCGCUCAGACUCACUCCUCCUCCCCUCCCUCCACACUGAAUGUCUCUCAGCCUAAUCUGGCAUCACAUCAGAGUCAUCCCAACACCGAGACGCUGCAGAAGCCCAGUGUGGCUCAGGAUGAUUUUGAUGAUUGGGAUGUCGACCUGGCGGACCUGGAUGAGUGUGACCGCCUGGUUCAACCUCCUGCUCCAUCCCCACCUGCGCCUCCUGUUGAGAAUGUAUCUUCAGCUAAAUCGUUGCGGCCCCCAGCCUGUGGAGGGACUCAGAGGCCACCUGCGGGGGGCCUGAGAGAGCUCGGCACUGCACACAAGUCGUUUGGCUCAUCUAGUCAUACGCCACCUCCUCGGACCUUUUCUGCUGCUCAUGUGCGAUCUCCGAAUCCCCGCCCUGCUCACCUGUCAGCCCCUCCGCAGAGUCCUGGUGUUUUCCCAGGCUUCACCGCAACGUCCCCGGCCCCCAGCCCUCUUUCUAGGACACUAAACAGGCCUCAGCAGCCACAGAGACCGUGGUCAACUCCGGGACCCUCCCGUCAGGCCCGCAGCCUCUUUGAGACCAUUUCUCCAGGGCCCCAGAGCUCCCCAACUCUGAGCCCACAUCCCCUUCACACACCAGUCCUCACUAAUCGUCUGGUCCAGCUGGUAUCUGCUUCUAAUAAGCUUCCCAAGAAGAGGCCUCGCUCUGAGCCUCAUCGGCCCAGGACCAGACGCUUCCCCGGCCCCGCUGGACUCCUGCCACAGCAGCCACAGGGUCAAAGUCUGGAUGACAUAGUCGUGUCUGUUCCUCAGACUCCUGCUCACGGUGCUGUGGCCCGAUUGCCAAGCCAGGGUUCCAGCUCCCAGACCGAUGAAGACGAGUUCAGCGGCGGCGCCUGGGCGGCGAUGAAGGCAGAGAUGGGAUUGGACGAGAGAAACCCCUCGUGUUUCCUGCAGUCGUACAGUGUGGUCAUGGUGCUUCGAAAGGCUGCACUGAAACAGCUGGCGAAAAACAAAGUGCCCAACAUGGCUGUGCUGCUGAAGAACAUCGUCCACACACACACCGACGCCAAGGCCGUGUUCAAAGACCCGACAGGGGAGAUUCAGGGAACGGUUCAUCGCCGUCUCCUCGAGGACAGAGUGGGGGAGCUGAAGGUCGGAGCUGUACUGCUCCUCAAACAAGUGGGCGUGUUUUCUCCCUCCCAUCGCAACCAUUACCUAAACGUGACACCCAACAACCUGCUGAGGAUCUACACCCCCGACGGAUUCAGCCUGUCCUCUGCUGAGCUGCCUCCGCUGGUCCCGGAGUCACCCGCUCGGUCUCCAGCCGUCAUCCGGGAGCCGAUUUCUCAAAUGCAGCUGAUGUUUGACGACGACGACGACGAGGAAGGACAAGAAGAAGGGACAGACCUUCGAGCCCCGACAGACGCUAGAGUCGACUCCAGCGGAGGCCCCCGAGAGCCGGCGCCUCAGGACUUGGGCUGGGAUGCAGACGAUGACCUGGAUGAACUCCUGGGAGAGUUACCUGAGGACACCUACAGCCUCUGAUGUGAACCUUUACAUCAGCAAACCCUUCUGUACAGACCGUCGCCUUCACUGACCUCCGUUAUUUCAUGACUGACAAACGAUUAACUCCUUAUUAUCUUUUGUUUUCCUCUUUAAAAUCAUCCUCUGGCUACUAAAGAACUUGUUAAAAUGUGUAUAUUUUGUAAAAACUGUUUUCUUUUGAGUCAAAAUUGUUCGAUAUCCAGUUAAAAAAAAAAAAAACAUCUUGACGUCAUCUGUUGUUACUGUGUGAUUGAUGCGUUAUAAGACGCAGCCGUUCAAAGCCAACACAUGCUCAUUAAUCAAUUACAAAGCUCCAAAAAUCAGCCCUGUUUGAUUACAUGUCUUAUAUUCUUGUGAAAGCUGUAAUUAGCCUGAGAUUGUGUGUAUGUGUGUGUGUGUGUGUGUGUGUAUUAAGGAUGCAGUCCCCUCACUUUUUCUUUCAUUCUUAUCCAUUGUUGCACUUCGCUUCAGUGACCUUGAAAUGGAAGACUAAUCUAAACAGCAUUGAUUUGCUAAUUAUGUAAAAUGAAAUCGAGAUGAGGCUCCUUUG